CGCGGCUCCGUUUCCGGGUCCCCGUGUUGCGGAGAGUCUCCCUGCGGUACGUGGGGGUGUGCGGCCCGGGGAAUCUCUCAAGAAAACCUGCGAGCUCCCACCACCGUGGACGGUCCGGGUGGGACGCGAGAGGCUUUCUCCCGCAGUUGUUCGUCGUCCUCGGUGACUCUGAGUCUCCCGGAGUGUUAGCGAGCAGGCUACCGAGCUACCAGCACGGCUCCGCCGCUCCGCUCCCUUCUCCAGCGGGUCCGCCGCUCCGUUUACCCCCAGGUUUGGGGGGGGGGGGGUAUUUGUCCGCCCAAGCCGCGUUUCUCCGGGCUCUCACGCUGUGAUCCGUAGCCGUGCUAGACGCUCCGCUUGAAGGCUGCUGGUGAGGGAUAUUGCCGGAUCUUAAUACUUUGGCUCUUGGAUUUGCAGCUCAUCAGGGGUGGGGGGGUUUAAUCCGCUGUAAUUACAGAACCCCCCCGCCUUCUCCAGCUUUGGGUUUGUGGGAGAUUUUUGUUACAUUUUUUUUUACAAAGUUUUUUUGUGUGUGAUUUUGCUCUCCCUACGUGAAGACGCCAUUUCUACCUCAGUCUUUUUUGGCGUCUUCCUCGACCCCAUCAGUUCAUCACCCGCAAACGGGUGUCGUUAAUCGGCUUCCCCUCUCACAAGCCAAGAUAUCAAACACCUUGACUAGACCCCCGGGCCGAGGGAGAUCGGGCGUAGCGGAUACGGAUCCCCGUUGCCCGCCAUGCCUGGCCCGGUGGCCGGCAGUAAAGCUCGGGUGUACGCCGAUGUCAACACACUGAAGAGCCGGGAGUACUGGGACUAUGAGGCGCAUGUGCCCAGCUGGAGUAACCAGGAGGACUACCAGCUGGUGCGUAAACUUGGCCGGGGGAAGUACAGCGAGGUGUUUGAGGCCAUCAACGUCAGCAACAGUGAGAAGGUGGUGGUGAAGAUUCUGAAGCCUGUCAAGAAGAAGAAAAUCAAGCGCGAAAUCAAAAUCUUGGAAAACCUGAGGGGUGGGACCAACAUCAUCCGUUUAGUGGAUACGGUGAAGGACCCAGUGUCUCGAACGCCUGCACUGGUCUUUGAAUGCAUCAAUAACACUGAUUUUAAGGAGCUGUACCAGAAGCUAACAGAUUUUGAUAUACGUUUUUACAUGUAUGAACUACUAAAGGCCCUUGACUACUGCCACAGUAUGGGUAUCAUGCACCGUGAUGUGAAACCCCACAACGUUAUGAUCGACCAUCAGUUGAGGAAGCUGAGACUGAUAGACUGGGGUCUGGCAGAGUUUUACCACCCUGCACAGGAGUACAACGUCAGAGUGGCGUCCCGGUAUUUUAAGGGUCCAGAGCUCUUGGUGGAUUACCAGAUGUAUGACUACAGUCUGGACAUGUGGAGUCUCGGCUGCAUGCUUGCCAGUAUGAUCUUCCAGAAGGAACCCUUCUUUCAUGGCCAAGAUAACUAUGACCAGUUGGUGCGUAUUGCCAAAGUCCUCGGGACGGACGAGCUGUUCGGCUACCUACGCAAAUACCACAUUGAACUAGACCCUCGCUUCAAAGACCUGCUGGGCCAGCAAACGCGAAAGCGCUGGGAGCAGUUUGUCCAGACGGAGAACCAGCACCUGGUGAGCCCUGAAGCCCUGGAUCUGCUGGACAAGUUGCUGCGCUAUGACCAUCAGCAGAGACUGACUGCCACCGAAGCCAUGCAACACCCAUACUUCUAUCCAGUGCUGAAGGAACAAUCUCUUGCCAACGUUGACAGCAACAUCGGAGGGUCCAAUUCCAGCCGCUGAAGGCAGAAAUAGAAGAAGAACGUGUUACCUCAAUUUCUUACCCCUUGUGGCAGAAACCUCUCAAAGUGCAGUGAAAGAUGGAUCAAAACAGUGACCAGUGAACACCUUCUGUUUGAGUCACACACAGACCUGCAUACACUCAUACAUGUACCACACACACGCGCGCGCACACACACACACACACACACACACACACACACACACACACACACCAACAUACACACAUUGUCUCUCUGUCAGUCAAGGUGGGUGUGCCCCAGUUUCUCUGCAGACCUGCUAGCCUGAAGGUCACCACUAAAGAUGCCCUGACACACCUCAACCCCCUUCUGAAAGAAAUAUGCAUCCUUUGCCGAGCCCGACAUCCCUAACCCCAGUCCCUCAGUAAUAUUGCCCCUCCCACAUUUAGCUAAGCAUGGAAAGUGAAGAACAGAGCAAGCCUCGCCCCUCCCUCCCCAUUGGUCUGUUUGUCUGUCUGUCCAGUAUUCGGACCCCAGUGUGGUGUCUAUGCACCGCCUUGAAGAAGUGGUAUGGUGGACCUCUUUUUCUCUGCUCUAGAUAGAAUGGUAUUAAUUACAAUAAAUGAAUUUUAUUUAGA